AUGGAUCCCCAGAGCAGCGUUUCUUCUUCUUCAAAGAGGGUCUGGAAAUAUGAUGUGGCUAUAAGUUACAAUGAUAUGGAAACUGACUCGGUUUAUAGAAUGCUUUGGAGUGCUUUAGGAACAAAAUAUUUCGUCAGAAUCGGCAGCAGAUGGGUUAACCCAUUAGAAAAAAUUGAAGAAUCCCAGAUUUAUGUAGCUGUCUUCUCAAAAAGUUUUGUUUACUCAUCACGUUGCUUGGACACACUGGCAGUAAUGUUUGAGUGCAUGAAGGUACCUGGCCACAAAUUUCUGCCAAUUUUCUUCAACAUCGAUCCGUCUGAAGUGAAAACAUGGCUCGCUCCAUUUCAGACACUACUGGAACGCCCAGAUUUGGUCAUACAAAACUGCCAAGUAAUUAUUAAUGUUCUGUUUGGUUUAUAUGUUGUUGGAUGUGGAUCUGAUUCUUCAUAUCUCAUCUCAUCUCAUCUUUAUGAUCUCAAUCAAAGAAAUAGAGAUGCAGAGGAAAGUUGUAUAUUAUGUUUCCAAGACGUGGGCAGCACCUUCCUGGAGGAGUGA